AUGAGCUCCGUCGAUCUUCCCCAGAAAUACAAGGCUGUCAUUUAUGACAAGCCUGGCACCAUCUCCACGAAAGUCGUGGAGUUGGACAUGCCAGAGCCAGGCAAUGGGGAGGUCCUCGUCAACCUAACACACUCCGGCGUCUGCCAUUCCGACUAUGGAAUCAUGCUGAACAGUUGGGCCCAGCUUCCUUUCCCCACGAUGGCUGGCCAAGUUGGCGGCCACGAAGGUGCUGGUAAGGUUGUUAAGAUGGGCCCUGGGACCGACAUGUCUACGGUAAAGGUUGGCGACAGAGUCGGUAUUAAAUGGGUCAGCGCCAUCUGCGGCUCAUGCUCUGCUUGCCUUGCUGGACACGACGGUGUGUGUUUCAAUCAGAAAAUCAGCGGGUACUACACACCCGGAACAUUUCAGCAAUAUGUCCUUGCACCGGCAAACUACGUCAGCCCCAUCCCCGACGGCUUGGACAGCGCCGACGCCGCGCCAAUGCUCUGCGCCGGAGUGACCAGCUACUCCGCGCUCCGCAAAAGCAACGCCAAAAGCGGCGAGUGGGUCGUGCUGCUUGGCGCAGGCGGUGGGCUUGGCCACAUCGCAGCACAGAUAGCGUCGCGCGGCAUGGCCUUCCGCGUCAUCGGAAUCGACGCAGACUCAAAGAAGGAUCUGGUCCUGGAGUCCGGCGCCGAGCACUUCAUCCCUCUGUCAGCGGGCAACGCCAUCCUGGACAAGGUCAAGGAGCUAACAGGCGGCCUGGGAGCCCAUGCCGUCGUGGUGCUGACUGGUGCGAAUGCGGCCUAUGCACAGUCUAUGGACUUGCUGCGGUUCGGUGGCACGAUGGUGGUUGUUGGUAUUCCGGAGGGCGAGCCAAAGGCGAUUGCGGGCGCACUGCCACAGUACAUGGUUGCGAAGUCGACGAAGAUUGUCGGUGUUGCGGUGGGGGAUAGGAAGGAGGCGAUCGAGACGCUGGAUCUUGCUGCAAGAGGCCUUGUGAAGACGCAUUAUCGAACGGAGAAGAUGGAUAAGCUUACAGAGGUCUUCAAAGAAAUGAAUGAAGGUAAGCUACAAGGACGCGUCGUGCUCGACCUGUCGUAGUAGAUAU